UUCAUAGCAGCAACACAAAGUUAGUUUUCUACAAAUUUAAAUACAACAAAAUGAAAUUCGCUAUUGUUACCUUGUUCACUUUGGCCUUGGCUUUGGGCGUUCAAUCAUCCAUAAUUCCCUGGGGUGGUGUAGUGACACAAGUUGCUGGAGGUCCUCUUGCACACACAUCUGUUAUAUCCCCACUUGGUUUACCUUGGGGUGCUGGUGUUGUAUUAGGUCAUCCUCAUGCUGCUAUCUCCGUACACGGUCCAGCUGCUGUAGCUGUACAUGGUCCCGCUGCUAUUCCCGCCGCUGUACAUGUUCCCGCUGUUGUGGGCGGCCACGCUAGUUAUGUUGCCAAAACCCGUGGUGCUGUUCACUCUGCUCCCUUGGCCGGCCAUAUCAACUCGGUAGCCAAUGUAAAUGUAGCCCCAGCACCUGGAACCUGGUAAAAUUAAUAAAUAAACACCAUCGUCGUAUUAAAGUUUCUCGCCUUUAAAUAAUGUGAUAUGAUUUUAAGAGAAAAAUUACAUCAUUUCUAAAUUAACUAGUUCUGUUUUAGAUAAAUACAGGGUACAUUUUUUAAAAUUCUAAUAGCACUUUUCUAUUCUUUUUCAAUUCUAUCUGUAAGUUAUUCUUUCCUUUCUUACCUCUACAUUUUUCUU